AUCUAAAAUAGUGGGCGGCAAGACUAAGGCUAGGUGACAAAAUAUUUAAUUUAGUCUUAUCCCUUACAUAAACCAAGAAUAAAUAUCUUGGAUUUUUGUUGUUAUUUCUUGCCCAUGAAGUAAAAUUAGAUAAUAGAUAAUUUUUGCUAAUCAUGGCCUAUUUAAGACCAACAUGCCGUGGAAAAAAAAAAAAAACAGAAGAAGGAAAUCAGAAAAAAAAAAAUAAAAUAAUUUCACAAAGAUAAUCUAAUUCCUAAAAAUUCCAAAAAAACCCUAGAAAAAUUCCUAAAAAUUCUCAAAAAUUUUCUAAUAAUAGUAUUUAGUGUUAAUUAUAGAAAUUCAAGGGGAGGAAGCUAAUUUUGUGGCUAAAAAUUCUACAACAAAGGGAAUUAAUUAAUAGUGAUAUUAGUAAAGAUGCCAAGAGGUGGUGGUAGAGGAUGUAUCGCAAGAAGUGAACCUCAAGAGACGAGGAAUGAUUUUGCUGAUGACACGACCCAGGAUGCAAGAGUUCAGGCUCUGGAAAAUCAGUUAAGAAUAAUGGAAAGGAAUAAUGAGAGGCUGCUGAACUUAAUGGAGAAGCAGAUGAGUCAUUUCCAUGAAGAUGAUGAGGGGAAAUUUUAUAAGAGAUUGUCUAGUCAUCAACCUCCAAAAUAUGAUGGAGAACCUGAUCCAGUUCGCUUUGAGGAUUGGAUUGCAGAAAUGGAGAAACUGUUGGAGGCUAUAAACUGCCCGUCAAGGAUGAAAGUGAAAUUAGCCGCAUUCUACUUAACAGGCACUGCUGAAUUAUGGUGGAGGACUGUAAAACAAACCGCCAUAGAUUCUACUUGGGAAGAAUUUAUAAAGAAGCUUCGUGAUCAAUUUUACCCACCCUCGCUUCAGAGAAAGAAAGAGAAUGAAUUCUUGUUUCUGAGGCAAGGAACUAUGUCAGUGAUCGAGUACGCAAGUAAGUUCAGAGAGCUGGCUAGAUUCGCUACUGAAAUAGUGAUCUCUGAUCGAGGCAAGGCGAUUAGAUUUUUCGAAGGUCUGAACCUCAGGAUCCAAAAAGGCACUCCUAGAUAUCAAGAUUUUGAUGAUUUGUACAAUCAAGCCUUGGAGUACGAGCGUAUUUUGGAAAAAGAAGACGGGUUUAAUAAAAGAAAGAAUGAAUCUAGUGGGGGCAGUAGGUACAAGAAGGCCAGGAAUGAAGGGAAGAAGCCGUUUCAGACUGUAGCAAGGCCGACACAGUGGAAAUGUAGGUUAUGUGGAAAAGAUCAUCGAGGCCGAAACUGUAAUGGGAAGAUUGUAUGUUACAAGUGUCACAAGGAGGGACAUCUGGCUAGUAACUGUGGGGAAACGUUCAAUCUGAGCAAAACAACAUCAGAAGCUGCAGGAAACAGAGCAUUUGGCUAUCAGAGGAAUGAGACUAAAGCAUCAGUAGGCCUGCAUGCAAUUGGAGAUCAUUAUGAUGGUUUACACCAGGAGUUUAAAGUCGAAGGUAAAGUAAUUUCUGGAAAAUUUCCUGUUGGUAAUUUUACAGCAAAUGUUUUGUUUGAUUGUGGAGCGGAUAGGUCUUUUAUUUCCAGUGCUUUUCUCCGCAUAUCUUCUAUUUCUUUAAAACCUCAAAAAUCCCACUUGUGUAUCAACUUACCUGAUGGUACACCUUACUUGUGUGAUCGUAUCUUUUAUGAUUUUCCAUUGGAGAUUUGUGGGAAUCUUUUACCAGCUGACUUAAUUCAAUUUGAUUUGGGAACAUUUGAUAUCAUUUUGGGUAUGGAUUGGUUGGAGAGAUAUUCAGCGGAGAUUUUGUGUAAGGAAAAGGUUGUUAGAAUAAAAACUUCCGAGGGAACAAAGUGUAUUCGGAAGAACUCAAGAUCUCAGCUAGAGACAAUUUCUGUAAUUCAAGCAUCACAAAUGAUAAGACAAGGAGAUGAUGGGUUCUUAUGUUAUGUUACUACUGAAGAAGUAAAACCUAAACCUAGUUUGCAAGAAACCCCGAUCGUGCAAGAAUAUUCUGAUGUGUUUCCUGAAGAAUUACCCGGUAUACCUCCAAAAAGAGAAGUAGACUUCCAUAUUGACCUUAUUCCUGAUAUCACCCCUAUUUCUAAAACUCCUUACCGUUUUGCUCCAGCUGAAUUGGCUGAGCUGAAAAAGCAGCUAGAUGAAUUGCUGGAAAAAGGUUUCAUUCGACCUAGUGUUUCACCAUGGGGAGCUCCGGUCCUCUUUGUCAGAAAGAAAGAUGGGAGUAUGAGGCUAUGCAUUGAUUAUCGGGAGAUCAAUAAGAUUACCAUCAAGAAUCGUUAUCCUUUGCCAAGGAUAGACGACCUUUUUGAUCAGUUAGGGGGAGCAAGGGUCUUUUCGAAGAUAGAUUUGAGGUCUGGUUAUCAUCAAUUGAGGAUUGUUGAAGAAGAUAUUCCUAAGACUGCAUUCAGAACCAGAUAUGGGCACUAUGAGUUUCUAGUAAUGCCAUUUGGUCUAACGAAUGCUCCAGCAGCAUUUAUGGACCUCAUGCAAAGAUAUUUCAACCCUUACCUGGAUAAGUUUGUGGUUGUGUUUAUUGAUGAUAUAUUGGUGUAUUCGAAGAAUGAAGAGCAACAUGAGCAGCACUUAAGGAUAGUUUUAGAGAAGUUGAGAAAGGAGAAACUUUAUGGCAAGUUUAGUAAAUGUGAAUUUUGGUUAGAGAACAUAUCUUUCUUAGGGCACGUUGUUUCGAAAGAUGGAAUUUCUGUUGACCCUGAAAAGAUUAGAGCAGUGAUGGAAUGGCCGAAUCCAAAGAGUGUUACUGAAGUAAGAAGUUUCUUAGGCUUGGCAGGCUAUUACAGGAAGUUUGUGGAAAAUUUUUCUAAAAUUGCCUGA